AAACAAAAUGGGUCCCACAUAGUUACAAAAAGGAAAACUGUAGUACUAAUUGUACACAAUGUGCAACUUUAAAGUAAAAAGCUACUUCCCAACUCAAAUUUUCCUUUCCUCUUUCUUCUUGAAUCUUGACAACAAGUAUAAGCUACACCCAAAUGUAGAAAAAUUCUAAACCCUAAAUUAACAUAUUAAUUACAGGGGAAAAUACUGAUAGAGAUGAUAGUAAGCAAAGAAAAGACUCCAGAACCACUUGAUUUCUUCAUUUGGACAGUUGAGGAUGUUGGUUUAUGGUUAGAAGAAAUAAAUCUUGGCAGCUAUCGCCAGAUUUUCAAAGAAAAUGGUGUUAAUGGAGAGUAUUUGGAGGGGAUGUCCAUGUUCACGACUGAACAAAUACUCCGGUUUAUAAGAAGGUGCCACAUGAAAUGGGGAGACUUCAUAACGUUGUGUAAGGAGCUGAGGCGGAUAAAAGUGGCUUGCUUGAAGGGAGAGCAAAGGAUCCGGCGACCAUGGUGGGCCCCGUCUUGUCUCUCCGUGGUGUUUAUGAAGACGGCCAAGCGUAACAGGCAGUGUAGAGUGGUUUCACUGAAGCUGGAACCUUAAGACACUGAUAUGCCAAUAUAUGCCAUCUGUGUGUAUCAUUAGUUAUAAUAUAAACCAGAGGAGAGAAGUGGAAAAUCGCUUCCCUCCGGUUAUUUCCCUUGUAAUUUUUUGCCCUCUUCUGCUGAAGCUGUUUUCUGUAUACGUAACUAUGUAGUCUACUUUUGCCCUUUGUUUUUAGUCGUUGUGAUGUUUAUAGUUUCAAAUCAAGAAAAUACAUGACGUGUAAAUUUCAAUGUGUAAUGUGUUAAAUAGUUUCCAACA